UAAAGCCAUUCUGUCAUUCGAUUCGGCGAUUUUUUAAUCGUUGUUUCAAAAUUUAGAUUUAAGCAUCUUAAACUCGAAAUCGCAAUAGUUUGGAGUCAAAAUGUGGCGAAUAAACCAUGUCCUUUCUUUCUUCAUGGCUGUAUUGAUCACACAAUCACCACCGAUUGCUCAAGCGGCAACGGAUUUUGUACUGGACCUCGACGGCCACCCUCUUAGAACCGAUAGCCAGUACUACAUACUACCGGUUCUGAAUCAAAAGAUAACCAGCGGUUUGACUGUAGCUACUCGCAACGGUUCCUGCCCCCUUAAUGUGGCGCUAAGUACCGGUAUCUCUACCGGUUUACCAGUCACCUUUUCACCCGUUAACGCCGGUGAUAAAGUGGUACGGCUCUCAGUUGACCAAAAUAUCCAAUUUGAGGCCAUCACAAUAUGCAUCCAGUCAACGGUUUGGAGACGUAGUAACUUUGACCAGGUGACCGGCAUACAAUUCGUGAUAACCGGUGGCGUGACCGGGAAUCCCGGUCGAGCGACCGUGAGUAACUGGUUCACGGUAGAGAGAGAAAGCGAGGUUGUUAAUAAUGGGAGGUACAAGUUGGUGUUUUGCCCUGGGGUUUGUGACAUUUGCAGGAUCAAUUGUGGGAAUUUAGGGGUUUAUGAGGAGAAUGGGAACAAGUGGUUGGCUCAAGUGGAUCCAGCAUUAAGUCUGGUCUUCAAGAAGGUCUGACUGCUCCCUCUCUCUUUAUACAAGGACGCCGCCCCUAAGUCUUUUCUCCCAUGCUGUUAAAGCCCAGAUCCACUCUCCUUGUAUGUUUACAUAAAUAAGAUGUAUUCUCUCUCUUAAAGGAUGUCAUAUAUAAGGGAUCUUCGCUCUCUUUUUAUAAUAAAUACAUGGCAAAGUAUUUUUCAGGUGA